GCCUAAGCGCGGGCCUCGCUGAGCGCGGGGGGCGUGGGCGCUGCUCCCUGCCCGCCCGGGUUCUGCACCUGGCCGGCUCUGCGCUGGUCUUGCGCGUCCGGCGGCCGGCGGCGCUGGAUGCAGCGGGGCCUCGGUGGGGGGCACGGCGGCCCCUGGGGACAUGUACCUGCUGGACGGCGGCGGCGAGCCCGCGUCUUCGCCGGCGGACGCAAUGCCGCGCGGGACGCCCCCAAGGAAGACGGUCUACCGCAUCUCGGUGACCAUGGUCAGGAAGGAGCAGCUGGUCGCUCCCACUCCGCGCCCCACUCGGCGGCCCCGGCCCGCGCGCUCCCCGGACGCUCCCGGGCGGCUAGAGGAGGAGGAGGCCGAGGCCGAGGAGGCAGCGGCUGAGGAUCCUGAGGCUGGGCCGCGCGCCUGGGACUUCCGCGCCUUCCGCACACGCAGCACUGGGCAACUGGAGCUCGGGCGGCUACGACCGUGCACACGCGGCGCGGAGCCCACGGACCUGAUGGGCAGCCCCUCGGCUGAGGGGCCCAGCAGCCCCGAUGGGGAGGAGGCUCGGGCCGCGCCCCUGCGGCGGAGCCUCAGCUUCAGGCACUGGAGCGAGCCUGAGGCGCCGCGGAGCCCUGCGCUGAGUGGCGGGAGGCGCCACAGCAGCUCCGGGAGCCUGGCAUGGGCGCCCGACGACGAGGUCGAGGCAGAAGCGGCCCCAGAGCCGCUGGCCGGAGCGCAGCCAGCGGCAGAGAAGCGAAACACCUUGGACGUGGGCGAGGUGCUCAGCAAGAACGAUGCGCUCUCAGACCUGGAGCGCUGGGAGCGCAGCAAGAGCAAGAAUCGCACGCUGGACAACAGCGACCUGCAGCGGCUAGAGCGCGCGCGGGCCGCAGCCGCUGGCUCUGGGACCGUCUCGGAGCACCGGCUGCUGCGUUUCUUCAGUGGCAUUUUCGCGCGAAGGGAUGGCGGGCCCUCACCCCGCACUGGCACCCUGCGCUCGCGCGGUUACUUCAGCCUGCGGAGGGCUCCAGCCGAUACGCACUCAUCCAGCGCCGAGAGCAUCGAGGGGUCCCCGCGCAGAGAUGCUUUUGUGAACAGCCAGGAAUGGACACUCAGCCGAUCUGUACCGGAGCUCAAAGUGGGAAUUGUGGGUAACUUAGCCAGUGGCAAGUCUGCACUGGUGCACCGGUACCUGACAGGCACGUACGUGCAGGAAGAAUCUCCGGAAGAUAUGGACGCAGGUGGAAGGUUCAAGAAGGAGAUUGUUGUGGAUGGACAAAGUUAUCUGCUGCUGAUUAGGGAUGAAGGGGGCCCCCCGGAGGCACAGUUUGCCAUGUGGGUGGACGCGGUCAUCUUUGUCUUCAGCUUGGAGGAUGAGAUCAGUUUCCAGACUGUCUAUCAUUACUACAGCCGAAUGGCCAACUAUAGAAACACCAGUGAGAUCCCACUAGUGCUGGUGGGGACCCAGGAUGCCAUAAGUUCCACCAACCCGAGGGUCAUUGAUGACGCCAGGGCCAGGAAGCUGUCCAAUGACCUGAAGCGGUGCACCUACUAUGAGACGUGCGCCACCUAUGGGCUCAACGUGGAACGGGUCUUCCAAGACGUUGCCCAGAAGAUUGUUGCCACAAGGAAGAAGCAGCAGCUGUCUAUAGGCCCCUGCAAAUCCUUACCCAACUCUCCAAGCCACUCCUCUGUGUGUUCUGCCCAGGUGUCAGCCGUGCACAUCAGCCAGACAAGUAAUGGAGGUGGGAGUUUAAGUGACUACUCCUCCUCUGUCCCUUCGACCCCAAGCACCAGCCAGAAGGAGCUUCGGAUCGACGUCCCUCCUACUGCCAACACUCCAACGCCUGUCCGGAAGCAGUCCAAGCGCAGGUCCAACCUAUUCACGUCUAGGAAAGGGAGCGACCCAGACAAAGAGAAGAAAGGCCUGGAGAGCCGUGCGGACAGCAUCGGGAGCGGGCGAGCCAUCCCAAUUAAACAGGGCAUGCUGCUGAAGCGAAGUGGCAAGUCACUAAACAAAGAGUGGAAAAAGAAGUAUGUCACCCUGUGCGACAACGGCGUGCUGACCUACCACCCCAGUUUACACGAUUACAUGCAGAAUGUCCACGGCAAAGAGAUAGACCUCCUGCGAACCACUGUGAAAGUGCCGGGGAAGAGGCCACCCCGCGCCACAUCGGCCUGCGCACCCAUCUCCAGUCCCAAAACCAACGGCCUGGCCAAGGACAUGAGCAGUUUACACAUCUCACCAAAUUCAGGGAAUGUCACUAGUGCGUCUGGGUCUCAGAUGGCAAGCGGCAUCAGCCUGGUCUCCUUCAACAGCCGACCUGAUGGCAUGCACCAGCGCUCCUACUCAGUCUCCAGUGCCGACCAGUGGAGUGACGCUACAGUCAUUGCAAACUCAGCCAUCAGCAGUGACACGGGGCUGGGUGACUCGGUGUGUUCCAGCCCAAGUAUCUCCAGCAGCACCAGCCCCAAGCUUGACCCGCCCCCCUCCCCCCACGCCAACAGAAAGAAGCACCGGAGGAAGAAAAGUACCAGCAACUUCAAGGCCGAUGGGCUUUCGGGCACUGCUGAAGCCAAACGCAAAGCAUGGAAACUAAACCGUGUUGGUAGCCUGCGAAACAUAUACAGCAGCAGCAGCACCAACACUGAAGAGCAAGAAGAAAACUUUGAGUUUAUCAUUGUGUCCCUCACUGGCCAGACAUGGCACUUUGAAGCCACCACAUACGAGGAGCGAGACGCAUGGGUCCAAGCCAUCGAGAGCCAGAUCCUAGCCAGCCUGCAGUCCUGCGAGAGCAGCAAGAAUAAGUCCCGACUAACCAGCCAGAGUGAGGCCAUGGCACUGCAGUCCAUUCGGAACAUGAGAGGGAACGCCCACUGCGUGGACUGCGACACCCAAAACCCUAACUGGGCCAGUUUGAACUUGGGAGCUCUCAUGUGCAUUGAGUGCUCAGGGAUCCACCGGAAUCUCGGCACCCACCUCUCUCGGGUCCGAUCGCUAGACCUUGAUGACUGGCCCAUGGAGCUGAUCAAGGUGAUGUCCUCCAUCGGGAAUGAGUUGGCCAACAGCGUGUGGGAAGAGAGCAGCCAGGGACGGACAAAACCCUCAUUGGACUCCACAAGGGAGGAAAAGGAGCGAUGGAUCCGGGCCAAGUAUGAGCAGAAGCUCUUCCUAGCCCCACUGCCAUGCACAGAGUUCUCACUGGGCCAGCAACUGCUGCGCGCCACUGCCGAGGAAGACCUGCGGACUGUCAUCCUGCUCCUGGCACAUGGGUCCCGGGAUGAAGUGAAUGAGACCUGUGGGGAAGGAGAUGGGCGCACGGCGCUGCACCUGGCCUGCCGCAAGGGCAACGUGGUCCUGGCUCAGCUGCUGAUCUGGUACGGGGUGGACGUCAUGGCCCGAGACGCCCACGGGAACACAGCACUGGCCUAUGCCAGGCAGGCCUCCAGCCAGGAGUGCAUCGAUGUGCUGCUUCAGUACGGCUGCCCCGACGAGCGCUUCGUGCUCAUGGCUACCCCCAACCUGUCCAGGAAGAACAACAGCAGGAACAGCAGCAGCGGGAGGGCGCCCAGCAUUAUCUGAGCUCAGGCAGCACUCCGCCUGUGAUCCCACGCCCCGCCUGCUCUGGAAGUCACAGCACCACGUGAGUCCCUCAGUUCUCUCCCUCUUCCUGGUGGUCACUUCCACCCACCUGCCACUCACACACUCCACACGAAGUCUCCAAACCCGGACAUCCUCAAGGGGAGAAGAGGAGGCUGGAGACCACAGAAUGGAACCCUUUUCCCACACUCGGGAACCAACGCAGGAGGGAGGGACCGACAACCUCCUGGCUUUGAGGAUAGCACACUACGACCACGGACGA